AUGAGUAAACCUAGCGGCGAGGUAGCGGCCAGGCCGGCUGCUCAACCUGCUCAACAACAAGCCGGAUUCUUAUCCACCAUUCUCAAAAAUGCACCCCUCAUGCUGCUCGCUUAUUUUGCUUCGUCAUGGUUAAGCUCAAGCUUUUUAAAACCAUCUUCCACCGUCGGUCCAACGACUGCUCAGGAUCCGGCCAAAGUAGAAGCAGAGUAUACCACCGUACCAAUCUGGCCGAUCGGUACACCACUCGAUAUACUUGUCCGAUUAAGUACAUCUUCGGACAUGUAUUCUGACGAGAAUCCCGACGAUCUACCUCGACACAAAUUUUCUGAUAUCCGAUUCGGUGAUUGGAAUUGGACUCAAAUUUGGGAAUCUGAUUUUAAUGUCCCCCAGUCAGUCCAGAAUAAUGGCACUUUGUGGGCUGUGUUCACCAUCUCAAAAAAGGAUGCCCAGACCGAUCCUAGGAAACCUGGCUACAACCCGUUGGAUGUGUACAGGAAACAAAAAUUGCUAACCCGAUAUCUACCUAAACGAAACAUUCGCAAAACAAAGAGUCUAUUGGGCGGGUCUGACAACACCACCAGCACAGGUAAUGAUGUAAAAACAUCUGAAGACGAUUCGACAGCGACACCAAUCAUAUCUUACUAUCACCCAAACUUGACCCUCGGAGUAGUUUCCGAUUUCAACGUGCUUCCGCUGAACCGGCUGCCACCCGUUGUCCAUGCUCAUGUUAACGUUCCACCAACGCGCCAGAAGGACCCCAUGACAGGCAACUAUUAUCGCUAUCCGGUAGUCUUUCCUAACGAUUUCUGGAUAUUAAAAGAUAGCUUGGCCCCGGUCAAUGAUACUGUUACUUCCUUGCAUUUGAGAGUUGAGGUUGCACCAAUGAGCCACUGGAAGUUCCAGCUGUUCGCAUCUAUGACCGUGGCCUUUGAUCAGCAAGCUGACAAAGCAGGGGGUGCCGCCGAAUUGGACGAAAUCAAGCGAAUGUUUGUCGAGACCGCCUCUUGGCUAUUGAUUACUACCUUCCUUGUUUCCGCAUUACAUGCCGUGUUUGAAUUCUUGGCUUUCUCAUCAGAUGUUUCCCAUUGGAGAAACAAGAAAGAACUCGUUGGGGUUUCACUGCGAACGAUUCUAUCUAAUAUAUUUGUUCAGGUUGUGGUCUUACUUUAUCUGCUUGAUAACAGUGAGGGCACAAGCUGGAUUAUUUUAUUGGGUCAAGGAACUGGUGUUGUUAUUGAAGCUUGGAAAAUUACCAAGGCUGUAGAUAUCAAUUUUGUCUCUCAUGGCCAAGGUAACAUCAAAUUCUUGCCUUGGGUCAAAGUGACCGACAAACACGUUCUCACGGAAGAUGAAAAGAAGACUCAAGAAUAUGAUGCUUUAGCGUUCCGCUGGGUGUCGUACGUAACUGUUCCGAGUUUACUUGGAUACACAAUUUACAGCCUCCUUUACCAUGAACACCGAGGGUGGUACAGCUUCACAAUCAGCACAUUAUCAAGUUUCGUGUAUGCGUUUGGGUUCAUCGAGCUUGUCCCUCAAUUAGUAAUCAAUUACAAACUCAAAUCUGUCGCUCAUAUGCCCAUGAAAGCUAUGAUGUACAAAACUUUGAACACGAUCGUCGAUGAUUUUUUUGCGUUCUGUAUAAAAAUGCCCGUUUUACAUCGAGUGGCUUGCUUUAGAGAUGAUGUUGUGUUUGUGGUCCUACUAUAUCAGUACUGGAUUUACAAGGUUGAUUAUUCUAGAGUCAAUGAAUUCGGUCAAGCUGGCGCUGAGGACAAAAAAUCGCCGUCAAGUGCCUCCGCCUCAGCUCCGUCGUCUUCGAAGGAAAGCAGUCAGAAAACACUUUCCGAGAAAAAGAAUCAAUAA